UGAGGCUUGGGCUUGGGCUUCUCGUGGUGAGGAACCGGGUACUCAGGCUUCUUGGGGUGAGGCUUGGGCUUGGGCUUCUCAUGGUGAGGAGCAGGGUACUCGUGCUUGGGCUUCUCGUGGUGAGGCUUGGGCUUGGGCUUCUCGUAGUGAGGCUUGGGGGCCUUGGGAGCCUCGUAGCUGGCGUAGGAGACGUCGUAGUUGGCCUCGGCGACGGGAGCGGCGAGGAUACCAGUGGCGAGGGUGAGAAGGGUGACAGCAGACAGCUUCAUGUUGGCGGUUGUUUAAGAAAAAGAAAGUAAGGAAGGACUGUUGUCUCGUUAAAGAACGUGGAGAAGUUGCGAGGAAAGAGUGGAUGUGAGUGAGUGACUGAAGAGCAGAAAAGAAAAGCGAUUUGAGUAGAGGAUAUCCAGCU